AUGACGAAAAGGACCCCCAGGAACAAUGAAGCGGAGGAAACGUUGACGCCUGAUUUGUUUGAUCUUGUGGAUGGAAUUGAUGAAGGGUUCGUCGAAGAAAAGGAGGCUUCCACCAAAAAUGGCCACGUCGUCUGCAAAGGGCUGCUUGGAAAAGACUCGAAGCUGGAGAUUGAUAUUGAAAUGGGGAAAGUUACGGAAGAAAAAGAUGAGGGAUUUUCAUCUCUGGGUGCCAGUUUAACAGACGUGGAAGCAACGCCUGCAAAGAAUUCUGAUGUUUUUGUGGAAGCAGACGACAUCGGAUCUUUGCCGCCUGAAAUUGGUGCGUAG